AAUCAACAAAAUGGAGACCCCCGCCAUCACCCUCGAGACCUACGUCCCCCGCAAGUGCUCUGCCACCAACCGCCUGAUCGGUUCCAAGGACCACGCCUCGGUCCAGAUCAACAUUGGUGACGUUGACGAGAACGGUCGCUACACCGGCUCGUUCACGACCUAUGCCCUCUCUGGCUACGUCCGUGCCCAGUCCGAGGCUGAUGACUCCAUUAACCGCCUGGCCACCAAGGAUGGUUUGUUGUCCAUGGUCUGGAGCUACCAGAAGUAAAUAGAGAAAGAACGGACUACCCCCAUUUUCUUUAUUCUCUCUAUAAACUUUUUUUUUUUUUUUUCUUUCGCCUCU